AUGUCCUCUAGGACAUGGCUGAUCUCAGCCCACUACUUGGUAUGGCUGAGCAUUCUAACAGUGCAUGUUAGAAGUGUGGAUUUAAAGAAUAAAUCUACUUUGAGAGGAUAUCUACAUCUGAUUGAUCUUGCUGGGAGUGAAAGAGUUGAGCGGUCUGAAGCAAUUGGAGAUAGAUUAAAAGAAGCACAACAUAUUAACAAAUCCCUCUCUUCUCUUGGCGAUGUGAUUUUUGCUUUGGCACAGAGAAAUGCCCAUCUUCCAUAUCGAAACAGCAAGUUGACUCAAGUUCUACAAAGUUCUUUAGGUGGACAAGCAAAGACACUAAUGUUUGUUCACAUUAGUCCGGAUAUAGAAUCAUACUCAGAAACAAAAAGCACUUUGGAGUUUGCUGAACGGGUUUCUGGAGUUGAGUUAGGUGUCGCAAGAAGCAACAAAGAGGUUUCAUAUCUGAAAGGCACAAUACCAUGGAAAGAUAUGGAAAUUGAUGAACUCCGGAAGGACAAAGCCAAAUCUAAAAGUUCAUCAAUAGAUAGAAAUGACACUAGCCAACAGAUCCGACUAUCACGUAAGGAAUUUAUGUUCUAG